GUUUACCGCCAUACUCAAAACUACUUGUAUAAUAUUUCAAAACUGUAUUAUUGGAAAAGAUAAAGGUUUGACAUAAAUAAAAACCAUUUCAUGUUCCUUAUUAGUACAAAUAAAGGCAAGAGAGAAUUGCAGCUAGAGCUUGAAACCACUAAACAGAAAUGGACGCAGAAACAGAGCACAUGAAGAAGACGAAGCAGAGCAGCGGCGGCGCCGUUCAUGUGGUGAUGGUUCCCGCCCCACUUCAAGGCCACCUGACCCCUUUCGUCCACCUCGCACUCAAACUCGCUUCUCACGGCUUCACCGUCACUUUCCUCAACACCCACGCCACCCACUCCAAGUUAAUCCGCUCCGCCCCUGCCUCCGCCGCAGGAAAUAAUUCCUCCGACAUAUUCUCCGACGCCCGGGACCGCUCCGGGCUGGAUAUCCGUUACGCCGUCAUCAGCGACGGUUUUCCCCCGGGGUCCGACCAGGGGAUAAACGAAGACAUGUUCAUCCACGGGUUGAUCCACGUCUUCUCCGCACACGUCGACGACUUCAUCGGCAGCCUCCGGCAGAACUCGGACGUGAACCCACCGGUGUCGUGUCUCUUGGCUGACUCUUUCCUCGUGUGGCCGUCGGCAGUGGCAAGAAAACACGGCCUGGUUAACGUGUCUUUUUGGACGCAAUCGGCUUUGGCUUUCACCAUGUACUUUCACAAGGAGCUUUUGAGUGCUCAUGGUCACCUUGGGCCUCAAGACAAUAAUGGAGAGGAUGAAGUUAUAGAUUACAUACCUGGAGUGGAAGCAAUCAAAACCAGAGAUAUUCCUUCUCACCUUCAAGACUCCGAGCCAUGGACACUAAUGAACACUUACGUUUUCAAAUCCCUCGAAGACGCCGUCAAAGCCGACAUCAUCGUCUCCAACACUGUUUUUGAGCUGGAGUCCUCCGCAAUCGCUGCACUGCAACGCAAGAAGCUGUUCUACCCGGUCGGCCCGGUCUUCCGGGACAGCGUCCCUCAGAAGACCGCUGUUCCGACUAGUUUCCGGCCGGAGUCGGCCGAUUGCCGCCCCUGGCUCGACGCCCGGCCGGAGAACUCGGUCCUCUACGUCUCCUUCGGGAGUCUGGCGAGCGUGGACAAGCACGCGAUUCGCGAGAUCGCCCGCGGGCUCGCGCUGAGCGGGGCGAGUUUCCUGUGGGCGAUCCGCGGGGACAUCACGGGCUCAUCCGCGGACGAGCCCGAUCUCUUCCCCGCGGGAUUCGGCCGCGAGGUUGAAGGAAGAGGGCUCGUCGUGCCGUGGUGCAACCAAACCGAAGUGUUGUCCCACCGGGCGACCGGGGGGUUCUUGACGCACUGCGGGUGGAACUCGGUUCUGGAGAGCGUGUGGUGGGAGGUCCCAAUGCUGUGCUUCCCGCUGUUCACGGAUCAACCCGCGAACAGGAGGCUCGUGGUCGAUGACUGGAAAGUCGGGAUCAACCUUUGCGAUGGAAAGGCGGUCGAAAGGGAAGAAGUUAGGGGGGAAGUUAGGGGGAAAGCGAACCGUCUCAUGAGUAGGGGGGCCACAAGGGAGAGAUUGGGAGAGAAGGUGAAAUUAGCAAAGGAGAAACUGCAGAGAGCUGUGUCUGCAAAUGGGUCUUCAGAGAAGCAUUUGGAGGCAUUCAUGCAUGAGCUUAAGCUCAAGGCUCAGCACAGGGUCCGUUUGGGCUUCACCGUCACCUUCCUCAACCCCCACGCCAACUUAAUCCGCGCCGCCGCCGCCGCCGGAGAAUCCUCAUCGGGCAUAUUCUCAGACGCCCGGACUGGCUCCGAGCUGGACAUCCGUUACGCCCUGAUCGGUGACGGUUUCGACCGGUCUGCAAACCACGACACGUUCCUCCUCGGGUUGCUACACGUCUUCUCCGCCCACGUCGUCGACUUCAUCGGAAGCCUCCGGCGGCGUUCCGAGCAGUAAUACAAUUCGUCUUCUCCGCCUCCGUCUUCCAUGAACGGAGCCUAAUACAUACUCCGUAUAAAGUUAAUGGAAGUAAAAUACAAUGGAUUUAAUACAAAUAAAGUGAAUGGAAUAAAAGAUAGUAAAAUACCAAUGGGAAAAAAUCUAAGAAAAUCUAAAAUUAAGG